AUGAACAUCAAGGUCAAGACUCUCACCGGCAAGGAGAUUGAGAUUGAUAUUGAAAAGACGUCGACCGUCUUGCAGAUCAAGGAGCGCCAGCGCCUGAUUUUCGGCGGCAAGCAGAUGGACGACCCGAACACCGCCGAGUUCUACAAGAUCGAGGGCGGCUCCGUGCUGCACCUGGUACUGGCCCUGCGCGGCGGCUCAAACUAA